AUAAAACUGUCGCAUUUUCAUUAUCUUUCUCUGAAAAUCAUAAUUCCUCUCUGGAUUAAUAACAUUCUGUGUGACACGAUAAAAGAAGUGAAUAGUCUUCGAAAACAGAUAUGAAAGUCGCGUAUUGGUUGAGUUUCAUUAAAUACAUAUCUAGGUCAAACAUGUGCCGUUCGCUUGUUAGUACGUUAAUUAAUGUCAUGUUAUUAAUUAACCAUAACAACUGUGAAAUAUGUGCAACUUUGAAGGAGGGACAAGACAAUUAUUAACCAUUCCGCCGAAUUUCGUGCCCUACAUGGAGAAACACAGACUAUAUGAAUUCUUUUAUGAAUUAGUGACGCAGUUACUGAUCCAACAGCCAGAAGAUCCAAUAGUAUUUAUAAAACAAUGCGUCCAACAUAUUGUACGAAAGCGAGAUAUUCCCAGAGUUAUUCUUAUAGCUCCCCCGAGCUUCGAUAAAGUGACUCUCGCAAAAAUUCUACAGAAGGAAACUGGUAUUUGUCCUGUCACUCUAGAAGAUCUUUUUGCUUUAUCUUCUACCGAAUUUUCCCGUUUAUCGAAAUACAUAAUUCGUUGUACAGAUGUACCGAGGAAUAAAAAGGAAGCGCGUGCAAUACAACGUGUCGGUGUAAUACCAACACAUGUGAUACAAAUUAUACCACCAUGUGCAGAAGACGAGGCUCAAGACGAAAAAGAUACAAGACAGUGCGAUUAUAGAAGAACUCUUCGAGGUUUACGUGAAGCUUAUACUAAUCUUUUAAUAGAGGUUGAGGUUGGUACUAAAACAAUUCAUAAGCUGGGUAAAGAUUGCGCGGCAUUAUUGAAAAUCAGGAAACAUUAUGGGGCUCCAUCGCUUUUUCGCAUCGUUCUUAUAGGUCCUCCAGGAUCAAGUCGUCAUUCUUUGGCAAAACAUAUAUCUGAGAAAUUUAAUCUCGUUUAUGUUGACUUUAAUAAUAUUUUGGAACAAGCCUGUUUGCGAGAGACGGUUUUAGAUGAGAUGUUGCGUUUAUGCGAGCACAGAUGCAGACAGAAAGUGAAGUUAGAAGCGCGAAUACAAAUCAUCGAGCAAUAUGUACUCAGAGAUGACUGCCUCAAGAGAGGAUGGAUUCUAACGGGUUACCCUAAAACUGUGGACGAGUUCAAGCUCCUGGAUAUGAUACCCACGCCACCUAAUAGAGUAAUUGUUCUAAAAAUGGACGUACAAAUGUGUGGGGAAAGACUCUUGAAUCAUCGAUGCGACAUUAUUACUGGAAGCGAACAUGAUCUCGCAACGUGCGAGUCUUCGAUGACGGAUUCAGAUUCUAAAUUAGAUGUUUAUUCUAAUGAUCACGGAAACAUUAUCGAACAAGAGCUUCGAGAGUACGAAGAGAAUAUAGAUGCCAUAAUGCAAUACACGGGGGAAACGGCGUCCGUAAUAGACGCGAUGGGUGAAAGAAAGUGCGUGAGGGAAAGGCUGGAGACAUGUCUGAUGCAACCAGCACCGUCCGCGAAACCCAGAAUUUCUCAAACACCUGCGAUCGAUCCGAUGAACAUAGAGUUCGAUCCCGAUGACGAACCCGACCCGAGUAUUUUCGACGACAUACGCGCACCAGAGCCAAAAUAUUCAUUUAUUUAACAACCCUCCGAAACAACCUUGCGUAAAAAGAAGAACAAACAACAAAGAACAUUUCAGUCGGUAACGUGCAAAACAGUUCUUCUUCUUAACCAUUAUGUAUAAUUUGUAUUAAUAUCUGUU